UGUAGUCGCUUUCCUCUAACAAGAAGAUUACGGUAAAAUCAGCACUUCAAUCAAGAAUUUUAAGAUACUCCUAACUUCAUUGCUUGCCUUAAUGGGCAAUAUGAAUACCAUUCACUCAAUAAUCAAAAUGGAGGCAAAGAAAACAAACAGGAGAAGAAGAGUCUGAUUGAUUUUGAUUUUUCCCCAAAAAUCAACAGUUUAAGACAUGUCUCCAUCACUUGUGUUACCACUCUCUAUCCUGCUUCAUCUAUGGAGUUUUUCUAAUGCAAAUGAAACCUUCAUUUCUGCGGUUGGUGAUCCGGGAAUGAAAAACCCAAAUGUUAGAAUUGCAUUUGAAGCUUGGAAUUUUUGCAAUGAAGUCGGUUUUGAAGCACCUCAUAUGGGCAGCCCUAGGCUUGCUGAUUGCACUGAUUUGUACUGCCCCAACAUUCAAGAGGUAACAAAUGCGUAUUUCAUGAGCAAAGAAGAUGGGUGCAAAGUGCACCACAAAGUAAAUGACUCUGACAACAGAUUGAGGGCAGGUAAAAACUUCCCUGUUCCUGGUUUUCAACCUUAUGCCGAUCCUGAUCUUUAUGCAGUCGAAAAAGAGUUGUAUCUUGCUUCAUUGUGUGAAGUGUCUGAUUCCGAAGGCCCGUGGCAUUUUUGGAUGGUCAUGCUUAAGAAUGGAAAUUUCGACAAAAAUACUACACUAUGUCCUGAAAACGGCAAAAAGGUCUCUAAAAUAGAAACCAAGCGAAAUUUUCCGUGUUUUGGGAAAGGAUGCAUGAACCAACCUCUUGUUUAUCAUAAUCGAUCAAGACUCGUCUACAACAGGCAGCAUGUGGCAUCAUUGAGUGGAGGGUUUUACGGCUCCUACGAUCUAGAUGCUGACUUGAGUAAAGAUAUAGGAAACAACUCUUAUUUCUCGGUUACGUGGGAAAAGAAUUUGACUAGUGGAAGUUGGGUUAUCUCGAACAAGUUAACGACCUCUACCAAGUAUCCUUGGCUUAUGUUGUACUUGAGAGCUGACUCAAACCGAGGGUUUAAUGGAGGUUAUCAUUACGAGGGUAGAGGUAUGCUUAGAAAGCAACUCGAAUCACCUAAAUUCAAAGCAAAAUUGACACUUGACAUCAAACGCGGUGGUGGCUCAAAUAGUCAAUUCUAUCUCAUUGAUAUUGGAGGUUGCUGGAAGAAUAAUGGAGUUCCGUGUGAUGGUGACGUCUUAACAGAUGUAACCCGAUACUCCGAGAUGAUCAUUAAUCCUGAAACUACUAGCUGGUGUCGCCCGGAUAACCUUAUCUCAUGCCCACCGUAUCAUAUUAGUAGUACAGGAGAGCGAAUUCACAGAAGUAAUACAUCACGGUUUCCAUAUUCAGCUUAUCAUCUGUAUUGUGGUCCUGGAAAUGCCGAUUUUGCAGAAAAACCAGUUGAUAUAUGUGAUCCUUACAGCAAUCCACAGUCACAGGAAAUUGUGCAACUUCUACCUCACCCCGAGUGGGCUGUCCAUGGAUAUCCUGCAAAGCAAGGAGAUGGUUGGAUUGGGGACUCGAGAAGCUGGGAGCUUGAUGUUGGCGCUCUUUCUAGUCGCUUGUACUUCUACCAGGAUCCAGGUACAACACCAGCCAAGCGUAUUUGGUCAUCCAUUAAUGUUGGAACAGAAAUAUAUGUUAGUAACACGAGAGAAACUGCAGAAUGGACUGUCAGUGAUUUUGAUAUUCUUCUUCCGAAUGAUAGUCUACAAUGAAAAUCUGGACUUUCCCCGUAUUAUUAUUAGGCUUGUCGCAGUUGAACAGACUCUACUACUACAAUAACACUGUCAAAGUCUUAAUCCUAAAAGAUUAUUAAUAUUAUUAUUUAAUUUCUUCAUUUAUUAUUCGGUUGUACACAUGUGUUUCUCUAUAUUAUGAAUGUAUAUAAAAUAAACAAAGUAGUCGAUCUUUUUUUUUUAAGUUUUUAGGGCGAAGUAAAAAAUUGACAAAUAUUUUUAUCAUCAGGCGCUUCUAAUAUUUGAGGCUUUCUUGUCCCUUGUGUUUAUAUCAAAACCUUUUGCCAUUUUCUUUAUAUCAGAAUAUUUGAGUGUAUUGUGUAUCAUUUACCUUCUUUAUAUUAGAAUAUUGAAUGCUUA